AUGGGUCCCAAUGAUAGAGUCAAAUGGCCUUAUUUCUUCAUCACAGACUCAGGAGAAACUAGAAAAUCUUUCAUCAUUAAUACGAUAAUCAACAUAAUAAAAAGAUACCCCUUACUUGCACCUACAGAAGUGGCAGUCCAAAAUAUUGGAGGGCAAACAAUUCACUUAGCUUUACGCAUCACUUCAACUGGUAGGACCUUUCGUACAUGUGCUUACGCCAAUACUGAACUAAACAAUCAACUAAAAAAUAUUGACACUCUCGUUAUCGAUGAAGCGUUCAUUAUCUCCAUAGACCUCUUCGAUUUCAUCUCCAACACUUUCGCGAACGUCCACAAUAACUUUAUUCCUUUCAGUAUAACUUGGCCUUUAUUCUAUCCAUUGUUCUUAAGAAAUCCACAACGUCAACAGAAUGAUCCUGUAUUCUACGAAAUAUUGCAAAAUAUUCGAAUAGAUCGAUGUCAUACCGAAUUCUUCACUAGGUCAUCAAUCCAAAACCAACUCAACACCACCUAUAUCGUCAGUUUUAGAGAAAUGGCACAACAGAUCAAUACGAUGAUCUGUAAUACUCUUCCAGUUCCAGAUGGUCGAUUCAUUAUGUCUAAAGCAAUCGAUGUCGUAGAUUCUGUUAGGUGGAAGUCGUCUUUUUCUGAUCAUAUCUUUAAAUCGAAGAUGAAUCUCCCUUCUUGCAUUCAUCUUCAAUCUGAUGCUUGA